AAACAGUGGAUGCCGCCUCACUGUAUAACUUCCCCGUGCCCCAUUCACCGUUCUUUCUUCAAUUCAUCAUUUUUAGUCUAUGCUCACUCCGGCGAAUGAAAUUAGAAUACAAACAUAAAAUACAAAAACGGCAUUUUUAGCACCUCACCCUAUUCAAUUCACUCUCCAUACAAAUUGCUCAAAUUAAAACUAGGCAUUUUUGUUCUGAUUUUAUCAACUUCAGCUUUUAAGGAUGUCAGUGAUGCCCCAGACUGGUUCAUCACAUUGCAUGCAUUUCGACACAAUGCAGUGUAAAGUUAGACUCAAUGGGAUCCAUAGCAUAGCUAACACCGUGGAGGCUUCGAAAACGAAGGAAAUCUCUUUCGGCAUUUGUCCGUCAUCGUGGAAUUCUUUAAAGGCAACAAAAAGUUUAAAUUUGAAUGCUGUUGAAGUACAGUACAAGCGAGGACAUCAGGUGAUUGUUGCUGCAAGUCCUCCAACAGACGAUGCUGUCAUUGCCACAGAGCCACUGACCGAAGAAGAUCUUGUUGAUUACCUGGUUUCUGGUUGCAAGCCUAAGGAAAACUGGAGGAUAGGGACUGAACAUGAAAAGUUUGGGUUUGAGUUUGGAACGUUACAGCCCAUGAAAUAUGAACAAAUAGCAGAGCUGCUUAAUGGCAUUUCUGAGAGAUUUGAUUGGGAAAAAAUAAUGGAGGGUGACAAGAUUAUUGGACUCAAACAGGGAAAACAAAGCAUAUCACUGGAGCCUGGUGGCCAAUUUGAGCUUAGUGGUGCACCUCUCGAGACUUUGCAUCAAACAUGUGCUGAAGUUAAUUCACAUCUCUACCAGGUCAAGGCUGUUGCAGAGGAGAUGGGGAUUGGGUUCUUAGGAAUUGGCUUCCAGCCUAAGUGGGAACGUAAAGAUAUACCAAUUAUGCCCAAGGGAAGAUAUGAUAUUAUGAGAAAUUACAUGCCAAAAGUUGGGUCACUUGGACUGGACAUGAUGUUCCGGACAUGUACUGUUCAGGUGAAUUUGGAUUUCCAUUCUGAAGCUGAUAUGAUAAGGAAAUUCAGGGCUGGUCUUGCGUUACAGCCUAUAGCUACAGCACUGUUUGCCAAUUCACCAUUCACCGAAGAGAAGCCAAAUGGUUUUCUUAGCAUGAGAAGCCAAAUUUGGACAGAUACCGACAAUCAUCGCACUGGCAUGCUUCCAUUUGUCUUUGAUGAUUCUUUCGGGUUUGAGCAGUAUGUAGAUUAUGCUCUUGAUGUUCCGAUGUAUUUUGUCUAUCGGAAGAAGAAGUAUAUAGACUGUACUGGAAUGUCCUUCCGGGAUUUUAUGUCUGGAAAACUUCCUUGUCUUCCGGAUGAAUAUCCAACCCUCAAUGACUGGGAGAAUCAUCUGACGACAAUAUUUCCUGAGGUCAGGCUUAAAAGAUAUUUGGAGAUGAGGGGUGCUGAUGGAGGACCUUGGAGGAGACUAUGCGCAUUGCCUGCAUUUUGGGUAGGCAUCUUAUAUGAUGACAUCUCUUUACAAAAUGUUCUAGACAUGACAGCUGAUUGGACUCCAGAAGAAAGACAGAUGUUAAGGAAUAAGGUUCCGAAGUUCGGUUUGAAGACGCCAUUUCGAGAUGGACUGCUGAAGCAUGUUGCACAAGAAGUUGUAAAGUUGGCUAAGGAUGGUUUGGAAAGGAGAGGGUACAAGGAAACAGGAUUUCUAAAUGAAAUGAAUGAGGUCGUUAGAACAGGUGUAACACCAGCAGAAAAGCUUCUAGAAUUGUACCAUGGGAAGUGGGGACAAAGCGUCGAUCCUGUUUUCGAGGAGCUCCUCUACUGAGCACCACCCAUUGUGUUGAAUUUCAAACUCUUACAGUUGCUUUUUAGAUGUGAUUUAAGAAUCUGGUUCACAGAUUUACUGUAGAUUUCCUUUCGUCCUAUGUAUUUCUUAAAAUUUAGUUGUAGUCCCGGACUUUGGGCAGUUGUACUUUUGCAUAGAGGAUAAUAUGAUGAUCCUCUUUGGCACAAGAAUAAUGUUAAGAAGUUUUACCAAUAAAUGAGCCAUCAAGAAAAGAGUGAGGAAAGAUUUUAUUUUAUUUU